AUGAAUCAAUAUAACGUUGGUCUUCUUGAUUUACCUAAUGAAAUAUUACUUAUCAUUUUGAAAAAGCUCAGCAAUAUGGAGGUUCUUUAUUCGUUAAUGGAUGUUGAUGAUCAACGACUUAACAUUAUAAUACAAGAAAAAACCUUUACUAAUACUCUCAAUUUUGUAGUGACAACAUUAACUGAUGAUAUUUUUCCGCUUACUGAUACAAUAGUUGAUCGAUUUUGCACAACUAUUUUGCCAAGUAUUCAUCACAAUGUUAAGUGUCUUAUUGUUGAUUCAAUAUCUAUGGAACGCAUUCUUCUUGUUGCUGAUUAUCCUAAUUUAACUGAACUUAAACUCUUUAAUUUUAAUCGUAAAAUAGUUUCACGUUAUUUUACAGAUCAAUCACCAUUUCGACUAAAACAUUAUACAAUAGAUGUGUAUGGAUAUAUUAUGAAAUUCUUCGAAAAUCUAAAACAUUUAUCUCUUAUUGGAUCAUAUCCCCACUAUUUUCCACCUUUGGUACUUGAUGAUUUACCAUUAACUACCUUAUUCUCUUCAACUCUUAACAAAUUAUGUAUUCAUGUGGCCGGUUUUGACGAUUGUCUUUCUUUACUUGAUGGUCGUCUCAAACAAUUAACCACCUUGAUUGUUCAUAUGUAUGAGAUGGGAUAUGGUCCAUCGAGAGUUUACAAUAUGGUAAGUUUAUAUUUUAGUUUAAUCUUUUUAACUGAAAAAAAAAUACUAUUGAUCAGAGCAGCGACGGUUUUCAUAUAAUUCCAGAUAGAUUCGUUUUGCUAGUUAAUUACUAUUUAAAUGAACUCUAAUUAAAUAGUUGUAAAAUGACUGUUUGUCUAUUCGAUGAGGAAAUAUAGUUAAUUUUGUAUAUUAUAUUUAAUUAUUAAUUAUUUCGUGCUGAUGAGUUGAUUUGAAGAAAUAAAUCGAAUGAUUGGUUUUUAUUUUAAUAAACAAACUGUUUAGUUUUAGUUAGUUUUUUAUCUAUUGAUCAUGUAUCAUUUUCUACUCAAAAAAUGAUCAGUUUUAAAAAUAAGACUGAACGUGUUCAUCUUCAGAUAUUUUGAAAAUAUCUAUAGUUAUACAAUAAGUCGAGAAGAGAUCAAACUUAUUUCUUCACAGUUGCAAUCAAUCUUUGAUUUUUUCCUCUUAGUCAUUUUAAUCAUUUUCAUUAUUUUAUAACAUAUAGAAAAACUAUAACAAUCACAAAUAUUAAAGAGUAUAAGUGUCAAAGGCAAUAAGGAAAGUGAAAGAAAACUAAAAGCAA